UGUUGAUUGUAAAUAAACUUAGUUAUUUCAAGAUUUAUGAAUAAAAAGUGCUUAAAAAAUAAUGGAAACUAUUUUAAAUUUGUGCAGAAUUUGUUUGAAAUCAGAUACCAAUGUAAAGUUGGUAAAUUCUUCAACGAUAAACCGGUUUUUGAGAGACUUUUUAGAAGUGAAGAAUGAAAUCUCGGAUAUAAGACUCUGUGUAUGGUGUGACGUUGGUAUAAACAAGGCAAGUCACUUAAUAAAAACCGCUGAAGAAUCAAAAACUAUUUUGGAAAAUUAUAAAAAAAAAUCUUAUAAAAACCAAAACAAAUUUAGAAGUACUGGUAUAUUUAAUUUAAAAUACACGCACAAUAAGCACAUAGACAUACCUCCAGUAAAAAAUGAUGAAACAUUUCAUGAAGAAAGUAUAACAAUAAUCAAUAAAGAAGAAAAUUUCGUUUCUGAAGAAUCUCUGAAGAAUGGUGUGGAAGGAAUAAAGAAUGAAGCUGAUGUUUUUGAUGACGAAGAUAUUACAAUAUCAUGCCUCGAAGAUGAUAUUUCUGAAGAAAAUAAUCGUGAAGAAAAGGCCACUAAAGUUCAUGAAGAAAAAAAUAUUUCUGAAGAAAGAAGUAAGAAUAAAAAACAAAUAGAUUAUAAAGAAAUGAACUUUGAUGUUAAAUAUCUUAACCAUGAAGAACAAUUGAAUGAAAUAGAAAUGAAGAAACAAACAGAAAGGUUUAUGAAUAUGAAGUUUAAAUGUGAAAAAUGUGGAAUUGGGUAUAUGUUUGAAGAUGUUUUCAAUGAACAUAUGAACAGGCAUAGUCAGGUAACACCUCACAGGUGUCAAAUCUGCGCUCUCUACUUCAAAUCCAAGGAGGUGCUCUCCCAACACCGACUAGCUCAUCGCCGCUGGUUCGUCUGCCUGCUCUGUGGCGCCAAGUUUACAAGAUGGCGGCUCUGUGUACUACACAGAAACAACUGUGACUAUGUACAGCAUAUAUCCAUUAAUUUUAGCGACAUGUCUCGUAUUCUUCAUAAAGGACUUCACAAGGAGAAAAAGUAUGCGUGUAACAAUUGUGAUAGACGGUUUGCGACUAAACAUCGGCUUACUGUACAUAUUCGUACUCACUCCUCUCUACGCAUGUAUGUUUGCACUAUCUGCGCACGAGCAUUCUCAACACAGUAUAACCUGCGAGCGCAUACGCGCACUCAUUCUCAUAAUAUACCGACGUAUUACUGCGUUGAAUGUGACAAGAGGUACAAGUCGCAAAAGGGGUUGGACAGACAUUACAGAGAGAGUAGGAGGCAUUUGACAGAUGAGGAGUUAAGAUUCACAUGUCCAGAAUGUUUCAAAAGAUUUACAAAAGAGAGUCUACUCAAUUCCCACGUAAAUACACGUCAUUUAACUACGCACAGAUGCGACGUUUGUGACAAGACAUUUUCGAGUAACACCAAUUUGAGAAAACACGUUCGUUGCGUGCACGCUAAGGAGAAAACAGAGUGAAACAACCUACGUGGGUUCGAUUAAAUAUUUGUCUGUAAUUAUACAUUGUUUUAAGUUUACGCGGUUAUUAUCAUAAUUAAAACACAUAAUAACGGGUUCUUACUUUAAGAAAGAGGGUAGACAGAUAUGUCUGCCCGUAGAAAAUUAUGGAUCUACCUACUCCACUCCGAUCUCAUCAGUCAUCCUGUGAUCAUGGCACUUGCAACAGUGUCGAAAUAUCGGGAGUCUCAUAUCCCCAUUUAAACGCGGUAAGAACCCGUUAUUAUGUGUUUUAAUUAUUGUCUGUAAUUGUUUUAAUAACGUUUUUUUGUCCAAUAAAUUGAUAUUUUUCUUGUA